CUUCAGCCAAAAGGGCCACAUGAAGAGUGUAACUCAAGAUUGCCAAGGAUCAAAUCGAAUCCCCCAUCACCAUUCACCAAGUACUAUUCCCGUUGCAACACGUUUUAGUAGAACAUGUGCAGGCAAGCGUUAUAAACUCUUCGAUUAGAGAGGCCUUAACCAAAAAUGGAGAUUCAAGAAUUCCCUUCAGAAGAGCAACAGGGCCUAGACCUUCCCACUGCCAGCGGUUCCAUCCCCAUAUUAGACCCGUUUGUUCUUUCGUUCAACAACUUAAAUUAUGAUGUCAAAGUUGGCCGCAAAUCUUGGUUCCCCUUCUAUGGGAAGAACAGAAAUGUUUCUUCAGAAAAUGAAACCAAGAGCUUGCUCAAAGAUAUCUCAGGUGAAGCAAGAGAAGGCGAAAUCAUGGCGAUUCUAGGUGCAAGUGGGUCGGGUAAAUCGACCUUGAUAGAUGCUCUUGCAAACAGGAUUGCAAAGCAUAGCCUGAUGGGGUCUAUCACUUUGAAUGGGGAAGUUUUGGAUUCGGGCCUUUUGAAGGUGAUUUCUGCUUAUGUUAUGCAAGAUGAUCUUCUGUUCCCAAUGCUAACAGUAGAAGAGACUCUCAUGUUUUCAGCCGAGUUCAGGCUUCCUCGUUCACUUUCAAAGUCAAAAAAGAAAGCAAGAGUGCAAGCUCUGAUUGAUCAACUAGGCUUGAGAAGUGCAGCAAAGACAGUGAUAGGAGAUGAAGGGCAUAGAGGUGUCUCUGGAGGAGAACGCAGGCGGGUUUCCAUUGGAAUUGAUAUAAUUCAUGAUCCUAUUCUCUUGUUUCUCGAUGAACCAACUACUGGGCUAGAUUCAACCAGUGCAUUCAUGGUUGUUAAGGUCUUGCAGCGAAUUGCACAGAGUGGAAGCAUUGUGAUCAUGUCCAUUCACCAACCAAGUUCCAGGAUUUUGGGCUUACUUGAUCGCUUGAUAAUACUAUCACAUGGACAAGCAUUGUACAGCAGUUCACCAGCGAAUCUCUCACAAUUCUUCAGUGAUUUUGGGCAUCCAAUCCCUAAAAACGAAAAUCCAUCCGAGUUUGCUCUUGAUUUUAUCCGUGAACUCGAAGGAGCUCCCCCCGGAACCCAAAAUUUAGUUGAAUUCAACAAGUCAUGGCAGACCUUAACGAAUGAAAAUGACAAUAUUGCUUCCAAUCGGCCAAGUCUUGCACUUAAAGAUGCAUUUAGCAGAAGCAUUUCUCGAGGAAAGCUAGUCUCUGGUGCCAUUGACAAAAGUGAUCUCGAUCAUUCAUCUUCAGUUCCAUCUUUUGCUAAUCCAUUUUGGAUUGAAGUGUUGGUAUUAUCCAGACGGUUAUUAACAAAUUCAAGAAGAAUGCCGGCCAAGUUUGGUGUCCGCUUGGGUACAAUAAUGGUCACUGGGAUUGUUCUAGCCACCAUGUUUUGGCAACUUGACGAUUCCCCCAGCGGUGUACAAGAGCGAUUAGGAUGCAUAGCCAUUUCCAUAGCCACCAUUUUCUUUAACUGUAUAACCGAAGUGCCAACUUUCAUUCAAGAACGAUAUAUUUUCAUGAGAGAAACUGCUUACAAUGCUUAUCGUCGUUCCUCGUACGUCCUUGCUCGUUCUCUAAUCCACAUUCCUUUAUUGUUCAUCCUCUCCCUCUUCUUUUCCAUAGUAACAUUUUGGGCUGUUGGCCUUGCUGGUGGCCUCUCCGGAUUCUUAUUCUUUUUCUUCACAACCCUUGCCUCGUUCUGGGCUGGAAGUUCUUUUGCAGCAUCUCUGUCAGGGCUUGUCCCUGAUGUGUUUCUUGCCUUUGUUAUUGGCAUCGCCAUCGUAUCCUACUUCCUGUUCUUAUGUGGAUUCCUUGUUUCUAGUGAUCGAAUACCAAAAUACUGGAUAUGGUUGCAUUACACUUCUCUAGUCAAAUAUCCUUACGAAGCUCUCUUACAAAACGAAUUCCUUGAUCCAACAAAAUGCUUUGCUCGGGGUGUACAACUCUUCGAUCAAUCAGCACUUGGGACACUGCCAACCUCGACGAAGAAUCAUCUAUUAUCGAGCAUGGGAAAUGUUCUGGGCAGGAACAUCACUAGCUCGACCUGUUUAACAACAGGGAAGGAUAUACUAACGCAACAAGGGAUCACCAAGUUAAGCAAAUGGAGCCGCGUGUGGAUUAUCAUAGCUUGGGGCUUUUUCUUCAGGAUUCUAUUCUACUUAACUUUGUUGUUUGGUAGCAAGAAUAAGAGGAAGUAAAAAUUCAUGUAAGAAUGUAUCUGGAUUGGCUAAUUUGGGAAUCGCACUUGUAUCAAGCUCAAAUCUUUUCUAUUUACUUUCUUUUGUUUUGAAGAUUCAGGUGUCGGGGUGGUGUAAUGUAUAAUUUUUAUGCUAUCUUAAUCUGGAAAAUCUUACAUAAAGAUGCUCAAGUGUGUAGCUUUGGGUUUGACGUGACAGUUGUUCAUUGUAUAUAAACCAAAGGAAGCUUUGGGUUUAAGAAUCUAUAGAGUUACGGCAGCAAGAAAAGGGCGAAAGUUCGGAGAA